AUGACGAGCACGAAAGAACUGCCCGGCUCUCCAGACCAUUCAUCCUCUCCAUCGACUGAGCAGAAGCCUGUUCUCGACGCCUCGACUGCUGGAGGAGUAGGGCAAGAGGAUACCCAUGACCCUCCCGAGGCAGCCGGCACGGCAACCCCACCCCAACCACCUACCAAACCCACCCCCUCCGAAGAUACAAAGCCAGCGCCCACGCCCCCAACCAAGAAAGAAAAACCCGUCCCCAUUCCCCCGACACUACCACAAGACCCCCGCGACCUCCACUUCUCAGUCCGCCCUUACGCCGGGGCGGCGUUCGGGAAUAUUUCAGGGCCGGAUAGCGGGCAGACGGGGACUCCCAGACGGGGACGGUCGAGGCCUACUAGUGGGGUUGGUGGGCAAACUGGAGAUGAGAGGGGGCAUGGAGCGAAGCCGCAGAAGGUUGAGGGGAAACGGGAAGCGACGGGUGCGGGGGAGGUGAAUGAUGCUGCCGUCAAGCGGGAUUCUGGGAACAAAGGAGGGAUCGCACGGCCACUACCAGUACCCAAACCGAAACCGUUCACACAUGCACACGGACCAUCACCCCCCUCAAAACCAAGGAUCACAACCAGCAAUGUGUUUGGCAGACUGCCCCCACCCUCUAUACCCCGCCACUGCAUCCGCCCCGCGCCAAAUAUACCCCUCCCACCCCUACGAACUCGUAAAGGAUGCGUUGGGGUGUGCAAUCUACGCAGAAUGGGUCGAUCGGUGAAUGAUGAUCGGAUGAGGGCGUUUGGACUGACGAAGGCGGGAACGACGGCGUGGGAGAGUGGGAGGAGGGUUAUUGUGUAUCCGGUGGAGAAUGGACAAGCACGGUAUACUCAUGCGGAAGCGGUGAGACAUGACCCGCAGCCGGAGAGGGUCAAACCGCCGGUCCCACCGAUACAUUCUGAGUACGCGCAUUCGUUCGCGCAGGUUUUGCAGUUGGAUCGUACUGCUUGGCGAAACACGCAACACCCCGCACGGAACCCACCAGCGUUCCUACAACUAAACUACGCACCAGGCCCGCCCGUCCCACGGCCGACACGGUUCGGAUGCAACACUGAGUGGGGACAUGACUCGUUCGUGACUGUGCAAGCGGCGCCGCAAUCGACUUAUUUUAUGCCUGAGAAGGAACGGCUUGAACGCACAAAGUUCCUCGAGCACGGUCAUCAGCGCACCCAGGCGCUGAGAAGAGUUCCGGGAAUUAGGCUGGAGACGGAAACAACGACCUAA